UAGAAAAUACAACAAGUGAGUGAACUGUUGCUCUGCAAAUAAACUGACUACCGACAUUCACACACAGACGGUCAAGGUAACUUGUCAGAAACUGCUGUUUAAAAAAAAAGUUUUUUUGUUUUAUUGUUAUUUUUAAGAGCAGCUUUACUCGUCAUACAGUUUUUUACUCUUUAAAAAAGAAAAAAAAUCCGUUGUGUCUUUGUCGGAGCGCUUUGGUGCAUUUUGGACACGAAGGGAACUUCCGGAUAAAAUGUUUAAAGUUCUAGAUCAAUAAAAUGAUUCUGGAUCCGCCAAGCUGAGAUUGGACCGGAGCGCAACUUCGGCCGGAUGCGCCGGUAAAAGCGCUCGGUGUUUUUUUUUCUCCGGUCCUGGACCGGGAGCAGCGUCUUCACCGGAACCAGCAGCUCCAACACUCACCACAUACCGGGAGGGAAGCAAGGAAAGGGCAUAAAGAGAAGGAGAAGACUCGAUUGUUGUGUGGAGACUGAUUUUUGCUUCAUCUGACCUGCCUUUUAACAACAGAUUCAGUGCCCGUUCAUCAGACAUGGCCGUUUUUAUUGGCUCUAACAAAUCUGGAUUCUGGAUCAUAUUUCUGAAAUAAACCUGCAUUUCUGACCAUUAGCAAACAAAAGCACAAGGGGAAAGAAGAGCAGAGGUUCUGGCCGUUUCCCCAUUCUUUUCUUCCCGUUCCUGGACAUAUAACUGAAGUGCCUUUUCCCUGCAUGUGGUGGGUGAGAUGAACUCCAGUGGGAAUACUGUAGACCCCACCUGACAGCUCCCUGCCAGAGAAACUGAAGGAUUUCCACUGGAACGCACACAACCACAACGAUACUGAAAUCUGGCAUCUCAUCAAACAGCAUAAAGAUAUUCACCUUUUAUGAUGCAGUGUUGGGGAUUGUACAAAAGUCCUCUGUGAACCAGAGAAUAUUGAAAAAUUAAGAAGAUUCAAAGAAAUUUAAAAAAAUGACUAAAACAUUAUUGAUCUUUUUCCCCCUGGCUGGCUGUCCUUAAAGAUUUUAAAAAGCCAGAUUUCCCUCCACUCCCACUAAAUUCAACAUUUGUACUUGUUUUCUGGACUGCGUGGUCCCUUUUUGCCCAGAGGUCAGCCUGGCCGGCACAACCAUUCCAGCUAAAGGGGAGGAGGACUUCCUGACGCUGGCCGCCUCUCGGCUCAGCCGGAAGAAACGUGUCAUUGGGGCUGGAGUUGGCGUGGCGAUGGUCCUGGUUCUGCUGGUGGCCAUUCCCCUAUUGGUCCACACCACUAAGGGGGCAGGGUCCGGAGGUGGGGGCACACAUUUUGAGAUGCUCGGGAGCUGCAAGAUGGUGUGUGACACUUUGAGCCCCCCAGAAGGAGAGCUGACAGAAGUCUCCCCUCAGCCCCCAGACUUCCAAAAUCGGAGAGGCAAACAGGGUUUCAGGGGGAGUCCCGGACUUCCUGGUCCUCCAGGUCCUAAAGGCCCCCCUGGAGAUCCUGGUAAGCCUGGCCCACCUGGUCUUCCAGGGCCUGGACCUGGUGGUUAUGGCUCCUCCUCCCACACUCCUAAAAUCGCGUUCUACGCAGGCCUCCGGAAGCAGCAUGAAGGGAAUGAAGUGCUGAAGUUUGAUGACGUGGUGACCAACGUGGGGAAUUACUAUGAGCCAAGUACGGGCAAGUUCACCUGUCCUCUGUCCGGUAUCUACUACUUCACUUACCACGUCCUGAUGAGAGGGGGGGACGGGACGAGCAUGUGGGCUGACCUGAAGAAGAACGGACAGGUAAGGGCCAGUGCAAUCGCUCAAGACGCAGAUCAGAACUACGACUACGCCUCCAACAGCGUCAUCCUGCACUUGGAUGUAGGUGAUGAGGUGCUUGUACAGCUGGACGGGGGAAAAGUUCACGGAGGGAACACCAACAAAUACAGCACCUUCUCCGGCUUCCUCAUUUACCCCGACUGAAAGCACACACACAAACACACACACAAAUAUGCGCUCACACAAAGAUCCUUCUACUAAUCCUCUGUAAAGACGCAAAAAGUUUCCUCUUGAUUCUCCAACUCACCAUCCCUUCAUUCAUUUCCUGUUCAGCCAUCAUGUAGCAACAUGAGUAGUUUUAGUGAAGUUAAAAAAAAUGAAUUAUGUACAUAUGAUAUAAAACAGACUCAUCACACACACACACACACACACACACACACACACACACACACACACACACACACACACACACACACACACACACACACACAUCUUGCUGUCCACAAAUGUGCACAUGUUUAUUGAACUUCAUGUUUAACUCUAAGACAAGCUGAACGUGUCAGCCUGUGGACUGGAAUUGACUGAAAUUAUAUUUGAAUGUAAACUGUCAGUGUGUGUGUGUGUGCGCGCGCACGUGCAUGUGUGUGUGUGUGUGUGUUUGGGUCCGGCUGCAGACUCACACCGUUGCCGUGAGAUAUAUUUUCAUUAUGGCUGCCGACACCAAACAAGAAAUGGCAUGCAUGUAUAUUGAUCUCAGCUGAUGAUGUCAGCAAACCUCAUGAUUAAAAGGCAGCGUGUUGUGUGUGUGAGUGUGUGUUUAACAUGGAAGCACAUGAGUGUAAUGCCCUUUGGCUCUGUGGAGGUGUAACAGCAUCUUGUUAUUUUCUCUGACUGCUGUAAGAGAGGGGGGAGGUGGUGGAGUGUUUAAGCUGUUGGCAACAGUCCCUUAACACAGACACACACACACACACACACACACACACACACGCACGCACACACACGCACGCACGCACGCACACACACACACACACACACACACACACACACACACACAGGUCAUCAAUACUGAGGUUGAGAUUUGAGAUUGACUCCUGCGCCUCAGAGCCACAUCAUGUCCGGUUAACAAGCUGCAGCUUCAUCUGCAGCCUCACCUCCUCUAAAAUCUAUAUCUCUGCUGAUAAAUGACUUUAGUAAAUUAAAACAUUUUCUUUUUUAUUUUGUUCCUGCUCAGUUAGAUAAAAAUAUCACAGUUUGCAGAGUCAAAUGGAACAAUUUUGAUUGUUUGUUGUAUUUAGUCAAGAACUGAAAUAUGUGUGUUUUGUUGUGUUCUCAGAAAACACUCUUUGGUCCCAAAAUGCUGCAUAUUUACAUUUUCUGAAGAUGCUGAAGAUGAUGUUUCGCUCACAAAAAAGACUAAUUUAUGUUCAAUAAUCAGGUGUGGUUUCAUGGUGGUUCUGGUAAAAAUGAACGUGCAAGACAAAUAAUUAUCAUUAUUACCAACAUUAACUUAUUAAAAAUGCAUUACUAUUUAAACAGGAAUGCAGGAUUUGAAUCAGAAGCAAGAACCUCGUAACCCAUAGCGGUGUAGUGUAGACUUUAAGCCCCGCCCCCUCAAUGUCAACCAGUGCAUUAUUACAUCAAAAACACCUGCUAGCUAUUUUUCAUAUGUUGGUCUGCAUUGCUAAAGUUAAACCUCCUCAUUAGCUGGUUUAAAGUUAAUCCUAGAUCAUAGUUUAAACAUUUAUAUUUAAAUAUGGGUUGAAAGUUCUGGUGCAACAGGCUUAAAUUUAAACUUGGUUUAGUGUAAAAAUCAAACUGGAUUUUAAAGUGAGGUUUAAAUAAAACCUGAUUUAAUUUUGAUUAGGUUUGGUGCAACAGAAUUUAAACUUAAACCAAGAUUUAAUCCUAGUUUAAAGUUAAACCUUGUUGGUGCAAUCCACCCUUAGAGUUCUGCAUGCUGCUUGUUAAGAAGUCAAACCUUUGCUGAGCUGAGCAUCUUAGAGCAAAAAGCACACUUCCUUGUGAGAGGUCGUAGAGGUCCUAGGGAGGAUAUGGAAACAGUAAACAUCAGAUUUGAAUAAAAAAAACCUUCAGAUGUGUAGAAAACUAUGUGAACCAGAUGUUGACUCUUUGGAGUUCUUUGAUUGCUCUCAGCAUUUCAUUUAGAAUAAACUGAAUAAUCUCAAACUUUUAGGCUAAAUUUAAGAAAUUCUCAGUGUUGAUAAAGUAAUAUUGUUUUAGAUGAAAACAAGAAAAAAGAGGACUUUUAGAUGGUAUCACCCUUUUAAAGCAGAACUUUGGAACAGCACAACCUGCAGAACGACACAAAUGAGUUCUUUUUUUUAAAGCCAUGCGUCAUGCAAAGCUUCUCUAAUGGUGUGGAGGGGAACACAAUACAACCCCUUGAAAUGCGUCUUCUUUGGAGGCUCUAAUAGUGCAGCCACGAGCGCUUGAAUUAAAGACGAGAGGCUGCAGAGCCGAUCAGCCCCGUCUUCAUUAGCCCUGCUUACGGGGCAGAUACAGUCAGAAGAACUGGUUUACAAGGAUUUAUUUCCAAAUGGUGAAAGCAUUUUUUUAUUUCUCAUGUGAAUGUAAAAAAAUUAAGAUGUAUUUUAAUUUUAAUGCAGUUGACUGUUGCUGAUCUUUUGCUGCCAUUUUACCAUACAUAUAGGUUCUCUGUGCCUUAUAAUCAACAUAUCGUCACUGUCAGGCUAAAACCUUCUCAUCAUCCUCAUGUUUCUAUACAUAAACCUGCUUCGCUGCUCCUUUUUCACUCUUAUCAGCUGCCGUAUGGAUGAGAAGAGUUUCACUAUCAGCUUGUGACCAAACAGGUUUUAAUCGCUGCAAAAGAAAAAUGUUUGCAUCCUUGGAGAUGCAAGGUUUUAGCCUGCGAGCGACGAUAUUUUAUUUUGUAUGCAUACUUUUUUCCUCCCUUGUUAAAUCCGAGCUCUGCGAACAAGCUGAUCCAUGGGAUUCCAGGACAAACUGGCAGGGAUUUUCUAUUCCCAACACAGGAAGUCCUUGUGAACAUUAAUGAAUCCUUUACUUUUGAAAUACUGAGUGUAAGGCGACUGUGAAUCUUUGUAAAUGGAAAUCGCUUCUGUAAACGCUGAGACCAAGACUAAUUAUGUCUGUGUGUGAGUGUGUGUAUGCUGGGAGCAAAAGAAAAAAGCAUGGCACUGUGUUAUUAAAAUGAUACACACAUAAAAAACACCAAAUUGGAUAUAAUGAUAUAAUUUAGGUUUAGUGCCACAGGAGAGUUUAACAUGUUGAUUUUGGCUCAGCUUUAAACGUGAUCAGCAUGACUCAAACCUGAUAUUUGAUGUGAAUUAUUCUGAUUAUCUCCUCAUUCUUGUGCUGUAAUAUAAAUAAAUAAAAACAAGCCUCAUGAUGCUGUGUAUUGUGCACAAACACCCCCCUCUCUUCCUGUUGAUCGCGCUGCGAUGGAUCCGACUCUGUGUGUUUUCUGGCGCUGUCUGAGUAAUUGCUGUCACUGUACCUGGCAAGCUGAGCUGUAUUUGUAAUGUGACCUGCGUUUGUUCUUCUCUUCCCUUAAAGAUCAUGAAUUACAUUAAAAAGGAAAAAAAUCUGGAUACAUUCACUGUCA